AUGAGCGGUAAUGUCACUUGUCUGGGGUUUGAUCCGGUCCAGAGUUUGCUGGCAAUUGGCACGGGAACUGGUACGGUUCAUGUGUUUGGUCAGCACAACGUAGAGGUUGUGUUGGGAGAGAUAACUGCAGGCAGUGGCUCUCAGUCGGCUGUGAAAUGGGUCAGGUUUAUUAAGGGGUAUUAUCUGGUCAGUGUGGAUGUUCAGUCCAUUGUAAGAGUGUUUUCGCUCGAGUCAGAGGAAUUGGUCUACGAAUAUGUUUGUCCAGGAAUUAUUACUGCUGUAGAGUCGGAUCCGGCUUUGGAUUGGUUGUUUUUGGGCAUGGAAAAUGGCCAGAUUGUGGUGUAUGAUGCGGACAGAGGUGUUCAGGCCCCUUAUAGAAUCGGCAAUCUCCAGAAAUCGGUGAAUGCAAAAUUCCGUAUGUCUCCUAUUACAAGCAUUGCUAUACAUCCAAGAGAUGUUGGCAGCCUGCUGGUUUGUUAUAGAGAUACAGCAGUGGUUUUUAAUAUCGCCAAGAGCGAGAUCACACUCAGUUUACGUUAUGAGGUACCGGCUGGUGCACCAGGUGGUGACCUUAAUCCAUCGCAAUUCAACCAAUUUCGCAAUCCGCAGUUUAUUAGUGCGAUAUGGCAUCCUAAUGGCCAUCAUAUUCUGACGACUCAUAUCGAUGGGUCUUUGGUAUUUUGGGAUGCUACUGAAGGUACUUUACUACAGGCAAGAACUGUUUUGGACAGUUUUGUUAAUAUUCCACGAAAACCUCAUCAGCCCGAUAAUGCUGCUCCUUCUGGUGGUUCCCGUGAUCCUAUCGCCAAGGUCACUUGGAACUGUACCACUAACCCCGAAGACACAUCUCUUCUGAUUUCUGGUGGUAGUAUUGACCUGGGGUUCUCGAAAGGUUUUUCGAUGCUUGAUUUUGGCCCGACUCCCUCGGUGGCUAUUACUUCCUACCAGGCAAUGGGCAAUCACUAUGCCGAACCAAGGAGACACAAGAUAUACCCAUUACCAGACGAAGUAGAUGUAGUGGAUUUCAUUAUGCUGUCUAGUACCCAGUCUCCUUACUAUGGAGGAAAUCAAGCUCCUUCACAUGUUGUUGCGCUUCUAAAUACAGGAGAACUGCUUACUAUUAACUAUACAGAUGGCAUGAUUGUCACAGAUCCUACACUUCUGCCUCCUUCUUUGGCAUGGAUAAACCCGUAUGUGACGACAAUGUCUGCAUCUGUUGUGCCUAGAAACCAGUGGGUUGGAAUGAUGAAUGCGACUCCUGGUUCUGAACGCAGUAUAUUUAACGGGGGAGCUCCUGCUAGAAGGCAUCUACGAAGUUACCAGCACCGAACUGCUCUGUGUACAGGCCAUCGUGACGGCACUGUGAAAUUAUGGGAUGCAUCUCAUGGUGAGUUGGAAGAUUCACGGGCUAUUGAAGUGAGUCUUCAAAACGCCCUUCAGUCAUCACAACGGGUAUCGGUUACACAUAUCUCACUGGCGGCAGAAGUGGCAGAACUUGCGGUGGCAGUUGAAAAUGGCGAAGUUGUGUUAUUCGAUUUCAAGAGAAACAAGGGUAUUUCUGGUGCGAUGUCGAACAUGCGAAUUCGAGACGACGAAUCUCCACUAAAAGAUAUCAGCAGUCGAGCUCCUCUCAAUGUGAAAGAGGGAUUCUUGCCUCAAACUCUGGUGUCUAGAAUGGACAAUUCUCCUGUCUCAGCAUUGAACAACUCCAAAAUUGGGUUUGUGGCCAUUGGUUAUAGCAGUGGAAAACUGGUUGUAAUUGACCGUCGUGGCCCUGCUAUUAUAUACGAAGCACUUUGUUUCCAACCCACAAGCUCAACUUCUAGCAAAAGACGAACACGCACUUCCUUUACUCCCACUACCCCAUCUUCAACAUUAGAAUAUCCUACCGCUAUAGAAUUCGGAUUAUAUGCAGUAGAAGACGAUUCGUACUCAUCCAUCGUUCUCUCCGUAGGCUCUUCAGCUGGUAAUGUCUAUACAUUCAAGAUUGUUCCAUCUGCCAACGGAUAUUUUCUAGAUCCUGUUGGACAUCUCAGCGUGGGACCUGAUCCCAUUCUCCACCUCCAACCCAUCAAUAUGGCAUACGGUAUCUCAGCUGUUGCCGAACCAGAAAACCUCGACAAAUUAGCAGCCGGCGUCGUGAUCCCCGGGGCCAUUAUCGCCAUAACCAAGUCCGAGGGCAGAGUCUUCCGGCAACCCAGCUCGAAAAUCACCCACAAACGGUUCACAUUCAACUGCAUCUCUGCAGGAACCUCAUACCUCCGCGAGAACGACUCGUUCGCACUCGUGUGCAUCACCGACAAGUCGCAACUCAAGAUCAUGGCCAUCCCCAGCAUGCGCGAUAUCUGCACACGAGACCUUCCACUCCCAUUGGACCCUCAUUUGUAA